UUCCUUGAAGCAGCAGCAGUAGUAAAUGUUUUAUAUUUUUGCCUUGGAGGUGAAGUGUAUUCAACGCAUAUGACAGGGCAGCUUUUAAAUUUAAGUAACACAUUUUAAGGCCCAGGGAGAGCCGCAAACUUAUGCAACAGCAAGGGUUAAAACAGAGUAAUUAUUUUAACUUUUUCAAUCUAAAGAGCUUUUUUAUUUUUUAAAUAUUUGCAGGAAUUGUGUUUUCCCACUUUUUUUUAGAUUGGCAUAAAUCUUUCUUGACUUAAAUUCAUUGCACAUAUCAUAGGAAGUGGCAUGCAGCUGACCCAGAAAAACAUAAAUCAAUGCUUUUGUGAAAAUAGGACAGUUUUUUUAGUUGUUUGCUUUUAAGAUAUUCAACAACUGGAGGUCAGAGCGUCUUUUCUUAUUUUUUUUCCACCACUACAUCACAGGAUUUAACCAUCAAAUGAACUCUGGAGCUGCUGAUUACCCUCCCUAAAAAGAUGUUGUAAAUUGAGGGCAUUUUUUUUCUUCUUUUCAUGCUCGUGGGUGCAUCAGGAGGUCUGGUAUAAAAAGCUUGUCAAGCCCACAGUGGCCACUUGACUAUCAGUCAGGGAGGUCAGGCAGGAGGGAAGCUCAGGGUUGCAAAGGAGAGACACAUCGAAGCCCUGACUGCAGUGUGUGUUGGUGGAGUCGGUCGGCUGGGUCGCUGCUCCUCCUGCUUCUCCUGCUGCUCCUGCUGCUGCUGCUGGGAGACUUCCUGGGCUUUUCCUGAGCGGCUCUGAAGGAUGACCGCUGCACGGCUCGCUGCUGAAUCCCGGUGAACGAACGGCGUCUCAUGUCCAAACGGCGGAAGGAUGGCUCAUGGCAAAGUGACCAUCACGGUGGACGAGUACAGCUCCAACCCCACGCAGGCCUUCACACACUACAACAUCAACCAGAGCCGCUUCCAACCUCCACACGUCCACAUGGUGGACCCCAUUCCUUAUGACACUCCCAAGCCAGCGGGACACACCAGGUUUGUGUGUGUGUCAGACACACACUCGCGCACAGACGGCAUCCAGAUGCCCUAUGGCGACGUGCUGCUGCACAUGGGUGACUUCACCGAGCUGGGCCUGCCCGCCGAGGUUAAGAAGUUCAACGACUGGCUAGGUGGCCUCCCGUACGAGUUUAAGGUGGUGAUUGCCGGAAACCAUGAGCUGACCUUUGAUAAGGACUUUAUGGCCGAGCUGGUCAAGCAGGAUUACUACCGAUUCCCCUCAGUGUCCAAACUCAAACCGGAGGACUUUGACAAUGUCCAGUCGCUCCUCACAAACUGUGUGUACCUGCAGGAUUCGGACGUCACCAUAAAGGGAUUCCGGAUAUACGGAGCGCCAUGGACUCCGUGGUUUAACGGCUGGGGGUUCAACCUGCCUCGGGGUCAGUCUCUGCUGGAUAAAUGGAACCUCGUCCCUGAAGGCAUCGACAUCCUGAUGACCCACGGACCUCCGCUUGGUUUCCGAGACUGGGUUCCUAAAGAGCUGCAGCGGGUCGGCUGUGUGGAGCUGCUCAACACGGUGCAGAAGAGGGUUCGACCCAAACUUCAUGCCUUCGGAGGAAUCCACGAAGGCUACGGGAUAAUGACGGACGGCUACACGACGUUCAUCAACGCGUCGACCUGCACCGUCAGCUUCCAGCCCACCAACCCCCCCAUCGUGUUCGACCUGCCCAACCCCUCCAGCUCCUGAGACCAGAGGGAGUGGGGGGAGGGAGGGCACCACCAAGCUACUUUUUUUCUAUAAAUAUGUCAAAAAAAAAAUUCUAAGUGUUUCUUUGCAAAACUUUUGGUCUUCUCCAAGCUGUUGUUGAGACUGAGAAGAUUCAGAGACGUGGGGCGGGUCGGGGAGUUUGUCUGGGAGGGUGAAAGGAGAAUACCGCCGCUUAUUCUUUUCUAACUGUGCCAACAAAGCUGGUUCCCCUCAGAGUUUGGUAAGAGAACAGAUUUUUUGCAGAUUUCAGGGCUUGUUUUCCUCCAGAAGAGGAAUGGCUUUGAAUCUAUAAAAUAACUUCCACAAAAUGAGAUAAUCAUGAAACUACGUCCUGAUUUAUAUCCUGUUAAUCACCUGACAGCCACAGGAAAACACACAAAAAAUAUAAAUAAAUAAUCCCUCAAAACUACAUCCCUUUAGUGCAGAACAGAAAAAAGUUUUUUUCUUCUUUUUUUUUCAACAUUAAAUUACAACUAAUUUUUUUUGUCACAAAUCUUUUUUCAUUAUUAUUAUAGGAAAAAAGUUCACGUGAUUUUGCUUUCUUUAAGCAAGCUUUUUUUUAUAUAAUUUUAAGAAUUAAAUUAUAACUACAUACCUUGAUCACAAAUUAAUAUUUUUUUACUAUCGGAAAAAACGUAAUAUUAUUUUGUGUUCUUGAUGCAUGCUCUUUUUCUUUUUUUAUCAGUUAUUUUCAGCAAUGAGUUAAAACAAAUUUUCUUGAUCACAAAUCAAUAUUUAUUUUUUUUAUUACAGGGACAUUCAAAAUAUUUUGCAUUAUUUACUUACAUUUUUUUUCCUUUUUUUGGAUCAUAAAGUUGAGUAGUAUUAAAUUACAACAAAUGUUCUUGAUCACAUUUAUUUUUUAUUAUAGUGGAAAAAAUUUGAUUAUUUUGCAUACUUAAACUUUUUUCUUGGAUCAUGAAGUUAUUUUCAACAUUAAAUUACAGAACAUUUUCUCAAUUCAUUUUUUAUUAUUAUAGAAGAGAAACAUUAUUUUCGCAUUCCUGACAGUAGCUCUUAUUUUUUUUAAUUAUUAUUAUUAUUUAGAUAUAUAAAUAUAUAUAAUUUCAUGAUUACAAGAAAACAAAACAGGAAUAUUUAAGCUCUUGUCCCCUCUGGCCUUCCGUACUGUAGUACCAUCACAUCUGCAUUUCUUCGUUAAUGUAAGAAGUUUUUUGUAAUAAUGAAAUGUGUUGAAGCCGACAUACGUAUGCAAUGCAGAAUGACUCUGGGGGGAAGUAAACGUGACGCCGGUAUUCUCCUUUCUCUGAGGGAUUUUGUGGUUAAACAAUCUUGCUCUUGAUAAAUAUUGGUCAGAUCUGUAAGAUAAAUGAUGCUUUGUGAAUUUGUACAAUUUCUUUAUGUUUGGUUUGCAUUGGCCGGACAAUGGAUGCCAUUGUUUAUGUUGUAUCAUCUGAUAUUUUGUGUUUAGGUCUUUUUUGUUUAAUUUUUCUCGUCAGUUCCUCUUUUCUUAUUGGCUGACAGGGACGCUGCCUUAAACUAGCUUUAAUGUUCUCAGCUAGAGCCCCACUCUCUCUCUGCGAGCUCAGAGAAAAGUCCUUAUUUAUUACCCCGCAGAAACAACACCUGACUAACGCCGGGACAGAAAGCUAUCAAAUUACAGCCCGAAAAUUAACUUUGUAACAUCCCGCUACGGAUUUCUGAUCUAAUUUGGAAAAUGUAUGUAUAAAAUAUAUAUAUAUAUUAUAUAUUCAUGUUGUAAAACAUCUGUACUAAAAGUUGUGUUUGACGAAAAAAGAAAAUCUGGUGCAUUUUUUUCUGUAUGCACCUGUAUAAUUGACUUGUUUCUUUAAUGCUCCCAUCAGACGUUUCUUUCCUGUUUUUUGUAUCCCGGUAGGGUAGAAUUCAUUUCGGAUGAGAGAGGAAACAUUUGUCAGAGACACAAUCCAACAGGUGCAGUUUGUCGCCUGCCUAAACCUGGUAAAGUUCUCCUUUAAAGUGUAAAAAAUCUGAUAGUAUUUGUGUUUUAUUGCUUUCUUUUUUUCUAAUUUUGCACUGUGUGUAAAUGCAAUCUUGCUAGCACAAAAAAAAAUGUUGCCAAUAGUUGUCUCAACUUUGCCGCUGUAAAUGCUCUUUCCGUGCUCUGCUCCUCUCUCGCUCUCUCUUUCUCUGAUUGUAUCCCUCUUCAUCAAAAUGUUAGUUCUCUCUUUCAGUUCAUUGUGAUAUAUUUAGCUGCCUUUAUAUGCAAAUAAAAUUGCAAGAUUUUUACUUAUCGA